AUGCGCAGCUACCUACCCCCCCCUCAAUCAUCGGUGAACGAAACUGCGGCAGCUACAACCACUAUGCCGAUGUUACCAAAUUUGUUCCAGACGGCAAAAUGCAAAACAGGGUUGGUUUUAACUGAAAUUGGAGCGCGAUGGCUCAAGUGGUCAGGGCGCAAGUUUACUGGUCGGAAGGUCCGCGGUUCGAACCGGGCCUGCUCUGCCUCUCGACUUCCCCUGUCUAGGCUUGGGCAACCUGGCAGUACCCACAAUGCUUUAUGGACGAUCAAGAUAAGACAACCAAUCAGCUGUAACACCCUUUCGGUGCCUAACUGCCACGCCACGCGAAGAAAGCACGAGAGCUGCGAUACUGCCAGGUUACCCAAGCCUAGACAGGGGAAGUCGAGAGGCAGAGAUCGGGUUCGAACCACAGACCUUCCGCUUAGUUCUCGGUCUGAGCCCCUCAAACUAGCGUUCGCGUCAAAACAACCACCAAAGGUGCACAAGAAACGAAGUCAAGGACAGGUGUACAGCUCUUCGUAUAUACAGCGUAAGCGGUUACAACCUUCUGGAAGUUCUGAUGCGUUCUGGACGCGCCAUUGGCAACCGGCAUUUGGCCAAUACUGGGUCAUGAUUGGCUGUUGGGUCCAGAUUUUGGACCGAUCAGAUCUCGUCUUGAUGCCGGACCGGCAAGCGUCCCAAAUUCUUGGCCAAUCUCGUGCGGGGUCGAGUUCAAAAUGCUGCGGUGUGCUCCAUACGGGUCGAAAACCUGGCAAACGCUCGCCGAGGCUGUCAACAGACUUUCCGUGUUUGACCAUCGAUGUCUUCGGAGCAUUGCCCAAGAGUAAUGCUAAAGUACGUCAGAAAGAUAACUCGCCCAAUAGAGAUGAACUGAUUGCACUGGCUUGGUCACGUGCUACACAUGCUAGUCGAGCGGCUACCUCAGAGAGCGCAAACGUAGUGACCGGAACGUCCGUGGUUCGAAUCCAACCCCGGCAUCUCGACUACUCCAGUCUAGGUUUGGGCAAUCUGGCAGUAUCUCAGCUGUCGUGCUUCCUCCAGGUAAGGCGCAAACGUAGUGACCGGAACGUCCGUGGUUCGAAUCCAACCCCGGCAUCUCGACUACUCCAGUCUAGGUUUGGGCAAUCUGGCAGUAUCUCAGCUGUCGUGCUUCCUCCAGCCGAACUGCAGCUAGACAUCGCAGCCAGGAAACGACAGCAGGCUCAUCACUGCCAGUCUGAGACCCCUAAGACUGAAAUAAGCAUCAAACUGAGAUGUCAUCAACAGGUUUCCACCGUCCUUUCCCGAACGCACGUCAGCCGAACUGCAGCUAGACAUCGCAGCCAGGAAACGACAGCAGGCUCACAACUGCCAGUCUGCUGUAACACCCUUCCGGUACUUCGCUGCCAUACCACCCAAAGGAAGCACAAGGGCUGGGAUACUGCCAGGUUGCCCAAGCCUAGAGAAGAAAAGUCGAGAGCUAGAGGCCGGAUUCGAACCAGGGACCUUGCGCCAGAGUGGCGUAAACAGAGAGGUGGCCAACCCUUGACUUGGCGGAGGAGUAUGAAGGAGAUCCCGAAACGCUUGGCUGCUGUCGGUGCUACUCGCCUUCCAGGAUUGGGACCGCGUGAUCCUCACUGUGCCUGGUUGGAAACACUACAAGAUAUGGCUGCCAACCAAUACUGUUUUGUAUUUGGGUUCAAUGAGAACAUAAGGUUGACGAAAACUCGGGGGCAGCGCCUACUUGAUGAGCCCAAGGAAGGGCGAAACCGGUUGUGGACUGUCAAAGAGUUUUCAGCAACCUUGAAACGCACUCAGGCAAACAGAAGAUACCCACCCAACUGCGUACUGAUGAUGUCUUCCCAUAUGGUGACGAAACGUUUGCCACCCGAAAAAAGCACGAGCGCUGGGAUACUGUCAGGCUGCCCAAACCUAGACGGGGGAAGUCAAAGGGCUGAGGUCGGGUUUGCACCACAGACCUUCCGAAGGACGAUUAGGGUCCUCAAUCAAAGCCUUUUGCUCAAACGCCUAACCGCAAGGCAGCAGUGGUUGGCAAGAAAUGCAAAUGCAUUACCAUUUCCACGGAACAAGUCGCCACAUGUUCCAACCCCCAACAUGGAGGGCCAGGAGACUGUGUUCGUCAGACCUCUACCCAUGGACCAACCUGGUAUGAGACCCUUUGAGCUCGAGAUGGCUCAGUGGUUAGGGUUCGAACUUACCGGCCGCAAGGUCUGCGGUCCCAAGCCAAACUCAGCAUCUCGAAUUUCCUUGUCUAGGCUUAGGCACCAUGGCGUUAUCGCAGGCCUGGGUUAUUCAAGGCGAUCGUUUGCAAGACCGAUGCGGACGAAUUCGGCGAAUGGCGAAGGAUUCGGGGUUACCAGUGUGAGGACACAUAGUUGUCCAGCUGUAGCACCCUUUCGGUGCCUAGCUACCAUGCCACAAGAGGGAGGUACGAGGGAUGGGAUACUGUCAGGUCGCCCAAACAUAGACAGGGAAAGCCGAGUGGCAGAGGUCGGGUUCGAACCACGGACCUUUCGGUCAGUAAAUUCGCGCUCUAACCACUUGGUCCAUCUCGCCUCUCAGACAUACGCAGCGAGAUGGCCCCAGCAGUUGGAACACGAAUUUACUGACCGGAAGGUCCGUGGUUCAAAACCGACCUCUGUCUCUCGACUUCCCCUGUCUAGACUUGGAGAACCUGGCAGUAUCCUAACCCUCGUGUAA